CCCCUGCCGUGAAGUUGACCGCUCUAGCAGCACGGUGCCAUUCUUUUAUCUGACCGGUGCUGUGAGAGGUUUCUCUGAAUCUCCCAUACUACUAGCUGCCGCCUUGUAGAUAGAAUACCUUGUCAACAUGGGACCCAAGCGUGAUGCCGAGCUGGAGAAACAGGCCCUGGACUGGGUGGAGGCCAACCUCGGGGAGGCCAUCGACAGGAAGAAAUCUUAUGAUGAAGUACUUAAAGACGGAAUCAUCCUCUGCAAAAUGAUGAACAAGCUGAACCCUGGGUGUAUCAAGAAGAUCGACACAAAGGGAGGUGGCUUUGCUCUCAUGCAAAACAUCGAGAGGUUUUCCAACGCUGCCACCAAGUUCGGUGUUCCUCCCAAUGAAGUGUUCCAGACAGUUGAUCUCUGGGAAAAGAAGAACAUUCCCCAGGUCACGCUCUGUAUCCAUGCGCUCGGCAGAAUUUGUCAAACGAAACCAGAUUACAAAGGCCCAAUGCUCGGACCCAAGAUGGCGGACGAGAACAAGCGAGAGUUCACCGAGGCUCAGUUACUCGAGGCCAAGAACAUUGUGAGCCUCCAGUAUGGCAGCAACCAGGGAGCCUCCCAGGCCGGCAUGAACAUGGGCAAACCGAGGAGCAUCAACGACUAGAUGCACACAUCCACAAUAACUGAUAUAUUGAAUGUAAAGCUGAAAGGCAGGUGACCACGGAUGGUCUAAAAGUCACAGAAUUAUUUAGUGAAAGAUGACAGAUAAUCUAUCUAUUUUAACUGGACCUUUUAGGCUUGACUCACUGAAAGCGGUAGCCACUUUGAUCUGGAUUCCCAAACAGCUCUUUGUGUCCAGUCGUUCAAAUUAUUAUCUUGUAUAACAAUCGGGCAGGUUAUGACCGUCUUUAUUCCACAGGUACCAUGUCACAGUUACAAAUAACACUAAUAACAAUCAGCAUAGGGUAAUGGGCAUCAAAGCACUGUACCCUUUAAAUAUACCUUUCUGUGAGCAUCUGCCUUUCUUUGUAUCAAGUGAGCUUAUGAUACACUGAGUAUGACUAGAUGAGUAUUAUAUAAAAUGUACGCUUGUGAGUAUAUGAGUAUAGUUAUAUACAGGUAGACCUGACUUAUAUCCAUAGCCUAGUAUAAACAUGGUCAUGUUGAAGGUGAUCUAAACACACCAAAAAAGGUGAUUUAAUGACAACUAUUUUAUACUUUAUCAAGUGUUGUGUUCAAAUGCCUCAUCUUAAAGGGAGUCUUCCAACAGCGUUUACAUGGUGUCAAAUUAAAUUAAAUUAAAUUUAACAUUGUUAUUUUGAUCCCUGUUUAGAAUAUCAAAAAGGGUUGCAUAAAUUUUUUAAUGUUCUGUAAAGCAUACCUCGAAGAGCCCCUUUAAGACCUUGUCAGCUUUCCACGUUUGCUGUGUAAAUACUCUGUAGCUUUGUGUGAUGUCUGGUAUCGGUUAGUAAUUUCAAAUAUUACUGAUUUUAUUGUCCUCUUUUGUCCAAAUUCUUGUGUUUCAUGUGAGGUUCACAAAUCGAACUUGCAGACGAUUUCUUUGUUUCGAUGGUCUGUAAGGACGAGUUAUUGUUUGUCCAGGGAAGGCCAAUUUCUUUGAUGUUCUGUUAACUAGUUGUACAGAUAGCAGUAUGUGUGAUAAACCUAUUUUUGUUUAAAUAUUUUGUCAUCAGAAUAGUUUUUUUGUAAUUUAUUUCAUUUCGUAAAACAAUUCUGUCUAUUGAACUAUUUUCUUCGAUUAAACAUCACACGAA